AUGGUUACCGAGUCCUCGUCGACGACGAUGCCGUCCGCGAAGGGCGUGGCGAGAACGCUGGCUCAGCACCACCAGGCCGUGGUCGGGUUCCUCUUCGCCUUCUUCGUCAUCCUUGUGCUCUACACCACGGUGUCUGGCCAGUUCGGGUGGACGAACACCAUUGUAGUACUGCAGUCCACGCCGGCCGAACAGAAUGCCAGGGCUUCUCCUCCUCCACGGCCGUCGUCGCCAGCCUCGGCGCCUAAUAAUUCUGCAAAAGAUAUUAUUGUGCACAAGGACGACGUAAACAAGACCAUGGGGGGAGAACAUACCCAAGACAAUGUACCUGGAACCGACAAGAAUAACAAGACUGAUGCAAACUUCGAUAACAUGCAAGCUAAUAGAACGGAGCAGUCAGGCGGUCAACCAGUAAAUAAUACUAUUACUAACGUAAGUGACAAGAUGAAGGAGGAGGAGCUCAUUCGGCAAGAACUCGAUCAGGACGACGAUAAGGAUGAAACAAACGUCAAAAUAGGUGCUCCAGUUCCGCGCAAGCCCAUCUGCGACCUGUCCGACCCAAGGUACGACAUCUGCGAGAUCAUCGGCGACGCCCGUGCCACCAACCGGACCGUCCUCUAUGUGCCGCCGCCCGCCGAGCGUACCGCCGACGGCCAGGAGUGGGCCAUCAAGGACCAGUCCCGCAAGCACCUGGAGUACAUCAAGAAGGUCACGGUCCGGUCCCUGAGCGCCGAGCAGUCCCUGGCGGCGCCGGAGUGCACCUCCCGACACGCCGUCCCGGCCGUCGUCUUCGCCAUGAACGGUCUCACCUCCAACCCGUGGCACGACUUCAGCGACGUGCUCGUCCCGCUCUUCAUCACCGCGCGCGCCUUCGACGGCGAGGUCCAGUUCCUCGUCACCGACCUCCAGCCCUGGUUCGUCGACAAGUACCGCCUCAUCCUCGCCAACCUCUCCCGCUACGACGUCGUCGACUUCGACAGGGACGCCGGCGUCCGCUGCUACCCGCGCGUCGUCGUCGGGCUACGCAGCCACCGCGACCUCGGCAUCAACCCGGCGCGCGCGCCGCGCAACUACACGCUGCUCGACUUCCGCAUGUACAUCCGGGACAUAUUCUCGCUGCCGCCCGACAGCGUCGGCAUCCCGUACAAGGCCGCCGCCGCCAGCAACAAUAACGCAACCGUCGACGGCGAGAAACGGAAGCCGCGGCUCAUGCUCAUCAACCGCGGCCACAACAGGAAGUUCGUCAACAUUCCGGAGAUCGCCGACGGGGCGCGGGCGGCCGGGUUCGAGGUCGUCGUCGUGGAGCCGCGCCGCGACCUGAGGCUGGAAGAGUUCUCCCGGGCGGUGGACUCGUGCGACGUGCUCAUGGGCGCGCACGGGGCCGGCCUCACCAACUUCUUCUUCCUCCGCACCGGCGCGGCCAUGCUGCAGGUGGUGCCGUGGGGGCACAUGGAGUACUCGGCCAUGAUCUUCUACGGCGUGCAGGCCAAGGAGAUGGGGCUGCGGGACGUGGAGUACAGCAUCACCGCCGAGGAGAGCACGCUGUAUGAGAAAUACGGCAAGGAUCACCCGGCGGUCAGCGAUCCGGAGUCAAUCCAUAAGCAGGGCUGGCAGCUUGGCAUGAAGUACUACUGGCUGGAGCAGGACAUCAGGCUCAACAUCACCAGAUUUGCUCCCACGCUGCACCAGCUGCUCAGGACACUCGGGGAAUAGAGGAUAGCAAAUGCAAAU